CGUGAAAAUCGCGAUCGUCUACGCGACAUGAAUGAUACGAACGCGAGGCGAAUGAAUUCAGUUGCGGUGCAGACUUCGAGAGAUUAAUUCCUUUUAUUCUUAUACCUAAAGCACUUACUGCUAUUUUUUUAUUCAAUCUUAAUUGUUAAUUACUUAGUAUUUGCAACAAAUAAUUUAAUUUCAUGUACCAAUAAUUUGAAAGGUUAUAUACUACCUAUAUUUUAUGAGGUUCACGUGGUCUCUUUUUGGAAAUGGAGCAAGGCAACAGAAAAGCACAAUAUUUGAUCGCUGCGGCGGUAUCACUGUCAACUGCUACCAUAGGAGUUUCAUCUGGCUGGCCAACUCCUGUUAUUCCAAAGUUACAUAACAAUCAAACAAGCAUGCAUUUCAAUGAGCAACAAAUAUCAUGGAUGGUAGCCCUCAAUACGCCUGGUUUCGUGAUCGGCAGUUUGGCGACAUCUUAUAUAUCGGACACUUAUGGGAGGCGUUCCACGCUUUUAAGUAGUGCCCUUCCCAUCGCCAUUGGAACUAUGAUUGUUGCGUUUUUCAUGGAAGCGUGGCUGUUAUCUGUCACAAGACUGAUGUGGGGCCUCGGCACGGGCAUGAUUAGUACGGUCGUCAAUAUUUAUAUGGCGGAAAUAACGGAUAAAGAUAUAAGGGCGAGGUUGACUGUUAUGACUAAAUUCAUGUUCAACUUCGGGAAUCUUUUAGUAAUAGUCAUAGGAUACUAUGUAUCAUAUAAUACGUUAAACUAUAUGAUGCUAGUACUACCUAUAUGCUAUGCGUCAGCCUGUUGGUUUACACCAGAAACCCCGUACUACUAUCUUAAAGAAGGGAAGGUAGCCGAUGCAAAGAGGGUGCUAUCCAAACUGCGAAAAUACAAAAAUGAUAAGGAGUUGGAGGAUGCGUUAACUCUAAUGCAGCAGGACGUGAAAAACGAGAUGCGUAGAUCUAGUUCUUUCAAAGAAUUAAUCGUUGGGAAACAAUACAGGAAGGCUGUUAUUAUUUCUAUUGGUUUGAGAAUAGGAAUGGUCAUGACGGGCCAGAUCACUACACGGAACUACUUGGGACGCAUCAUGCAAGAAAGCAAGUCUAAAAUAAGUUUGGAAACAGUGUUCAUUAUAUUCGGUGCUGUUAACUUUCUUGUGGGUGUAAUGUCAUCGAUUUUGGUCGACCGUGUUGGAAGACGGCCGUUGCUUGUAUACUCUUUCCUCGGAACGGGACUAUCGCUCGCUCUAACUGUCGGUUAUUUCUUCUGCCAAGAAAUCCUACGCAUUGACGAACAAUAUCUCAGUCCGUAUGGUGUUAUACCUUUCAUAGGCAUUGUCCUUUCCACCAUCAUCUCUGGUCUGGGAUAUAAUUCUAUAAUAUUCACAAUCGGUGCCGAAAUUUUCCCAUUGAACGUCAAAUCAAUAGCAAUGACAUCACUGAGCGUGCUUAAUGGAAUUUUAGGUUUCGGAGUAGCCAAAGGGUAUCAGGAAAUCAAAAACGUGUCGGGACUAUUUGGCGUGUUCUUUAUCUUUACCACUGUGGCGUUCGCGAGUGCUAUAUUUUCUUACUACGUUGUUCCUGAAACUAAAGGGAAGAGUUUAAAAGAAAUACAAAUCAUAUUACAGGGUGAUAUGUAUACUGAAGAUGAAAAAUUAAAUCAUGUUGUCACAGAGAAUAUAAACGAAGAAGAACCAGGUGAAAUGACUGAAUUAAAAGUCUUCGAAAAGAAGGAGUAAGACUAUUUAUAAAUUGUUUUUUUUUUAUUUGGUUAGAUUUGAAAAAUAUUAGUAUCUCCUAAAGGAGUGUUCUAAGUUGACUCAAGAAAUUGUGCCUAGUAAGAAUUGGUUAUAUCAGUACUGCUCUGAUAUCUAUAUAUUGUAUUCCUUAGGAUAUUGAUUAUGGAAAAAAGGUCAUUAUCCAUUCUGAUAUACUAUGCAAUAUAGAUAUCCAACUAGUAAAGGUAUCAGUUGGGUAUCUAUAUUCAUUUUGAUCAGGUUAUUCUUUUUGAUAUUACAUAUUGGAUAACCAAAGUUUAAUAUAUCCGUUAUUGGGCUAAUAUAUAGAUAUUGUAACUACAACAUAUAGAUAUUACAAUAUACACUAGGGACAGAUAUUACAAUAUCUGUCCCUAGUGCCUAGUGGGAAUUGUUUGGUUUAUUUCAAUAGAACUUGUUAUUCAAUAAAAAUAUAAUUGACCCAAUGAUAAGACAAUAUGCCAAUAUCCAAUACCAGUACAUUAAAAGCCUAUUAAUUUGUAUGAAUGUCGUAAGUUUCCAAAAUUAUCCACUAGAGGCUCAAUCAAGUUUUCAAUACAAUUAUCAACAUACACGUUUAUUGCAGUAGUAAUGUAAAUCUGUAUUACGAGUAUUUAUAACUUUGGUAAGCUAAAGUUGCCAUAUUUCGGCAAAAUUAUCUAUCAAUUUUCAAAAGUAAUUGAACGUUUUCAAUAUUGAGAAAUGACUGAUUAUUUAAAAAAUUGUCUGCUAGCGAACUAAAACAUUAAUCGUGCAUUAAUGUUUUAUAAAGCUUAAAGCGUUUAUAAUAAAGCUGUCCCUAAAAAGAAAAAAAGAAGAAAAAAGGAAAAGUUCUUGAGUGGCGACAUAUAACAGCAAAUACAGUGUAGGACGACUUCCCCACUAGAUGGAGUGAUAACCUCAAAUACAUUGCAGGGAGUCAGUGGAUGCAGGUGACUUAGGACCGGUCUUUGUGGCAGUGUAUGGGGGAGGCCUAUAUUCAGCAGUGGACAGAUAAUAGCUGAGAUGAUGAUGAUGUCUCUAAAAAUUUGGAUUUUGAUGGUAAAAAUGUAUUUGAAAAUUUUCGAAGCAAGAUAUUAUGUAGUUGAAGUUUUUAGUGGUGGAAUCAUUUGCCUCGUAGGUAUUGUAUGAUUAACGUUUUAGUUCUGAUUUAUUACAGUUAUAUAUGACUGCUCAACAAAUAUUAAUUAAAUUUGUUGAGAUAUGAAAGUAUUUUUAAGCUUUGGACUGAUAGGAUAAGUAGACUGGUUCAGUACUAAUUACAUUUAGGGACUACUCACACUUAUUCAGCUCCAUUCGCGUUCGCUGAACGAUUUUGGUCACACUUAUACAAUUCUGCUUCUAUCAGCCACGUACGGCGUCGUAAGAAUGAGAAAAGCCGUCAUAACGUGCUAUCUUCGCUAAAACGCUUGUCUACUGCGUACGGCGUUGAAUAUGCUGCAUUUUGUAAAAAUAAAAUAAUCAUAAUUACUAUAAAAUACGUCUGCACUCUUUAAACCUUGCGUACAUAAUGAUUACGCAAUAAUAAAUCAAAUCAAUGCAGAAACAAUACAGGUUGCAACUUGUCGACAAGGAGUCGCGAAUCAUCCCUGUAAUAGCUGUUUCGCUGCGUUCGACGGUGAAUGCGGCGGAACGGCGCUGAACGCUCUCUAUAACAUUCGCAUGAUAAAUACACAUUUAUUCUCAUUUUUUACUGGGUUGCCACGAAAGCAGAAUAGACGCGGAAAGCUGAAUGGAUGCGUCUCCAUACAAAAUCGUUGUUUUCUACGGAUAAAAGCUGAAUAAGUGUGAGUAGUCCCUUAUAUGAUGUAAGUUACAAUUUAUAAUAAAGUUUAUAUAAAAAUGAAAUAUUUGUAUUGUGAUGACAAUUAUAAAUAAUGUUUAGAAAUAUCAAAUAUCCAAUAUGGAAGCAUGCCGUGUGAUCCCAGCAUAGAAUAAGCCACCCUUUCCUUUCCUGUGGGUCUCGUAAGAGGCGACUAAGGGAAGGCGACGGAUGGUCAGCAACGUCCCUCUUAAAACGUUUCAGAAGUGCGGUUGCCAAUCUGUCUGUUAAACGUGGCAACUACUGGCAAAAUCCUCCAAGGGGGAGGCUUAUGAUCAGCCGUGAGCAGUUAAAAGCUGAUAUGAUAUAAGUGAACUGAUAUGAUGAAUAUGGGACCACAGGAAUUUGAGGACUUGAUGAUUUUAAUUCUUUGCAUAUUUAUCAUUACUGUUUUUUUUUAAUUAAUUUAGACUUCGUUGGAUUCAAUUCAACUUAUGUCCGUUUGAGAUGCUAUUUAUGAUUAAUUACAUAAUGUCCAAAGAUUGACUUCCUUUCCCGUGGGUGUCGUAAGAGGCUAAGGGAAUAUAAUGGUCGAAGUAUGGGCUACAGUGUCUCUCUUAAAUCAACACCAAAGCCUAACUGCGGUUGCCAAGCGUGGUAAUUAUUGGCAAUACCCCCCUUAUGGGGGAGGCCUAUGUUCAGCAGAGGACAUUUAAUGACUGAUACAAUGAUGUUGAAAUGUAUUACUAAUACUUCUUCAGCUAGUCAUUUAUAUGUAUUCGUAAUAAGAAAGGAUUUCUGUAACUAUAGAUUGAGUAUAUUUUACUAGGCAAUGCAUUGGCUUUCACAUUAAAUAAACAGCUUACUGAAAGAGAAACCUCAAGAAAAGUACAAAGGUAACUCAGUACCAGAUUUAGUACUUCAUUUUACCUACCUCAUGUAAAGCAUGUGCUAGUUAGCGCACUAAGAGAAUAUUAUAGUGUUAUAAGUAUAAUAUAUACAUUGUAAAUAAAUCGCAUUACAUAUAGUUUUUGCAUCGCAACCAGCAGUAUUUUGCUCCACAUAAAAGUAGCAAACUACUAUAUAUAUGUAACGGGAAUUUAAUGAACUUACUAUGUUUGUCGUUUCAAUUAUUAAUAAUUAUUUCGACUUCAUCUUGAAGUCUUCUUUGGGAGACAUAUGACGCUUUGCGUUAUAGGGUCUUGUCUCGCAUUGCGUGUUUCAGCAAUCCUUAUAAAAUUAAAACGAUAUAAGAUUAACAUAAAAGUAUAUAAAUGCUAUCGAUUGUAAAAAGAAAGUUUUUGGUUUACAACUUGUAACAUAAUCAUGUAACAUAGACAAAUAAAAAAUUCAAUUAAAUAGGAACCUCCAUUUUUGAAGUUUUUUUAUGAAUAUAACAGAAUAUAUAUGUAUAUAUAUUUUACAAUAUUAUAUACUACAUACUAUAUUUUUAUACAUAUGAAUAAUGCGGUUAUGUUGUCUUUUGUUAUAUAAGGUAAUAUAAGUGUGUUUUGUAUAAGUCUGAAAGACUACAUUGUUUUAAUAUUUUUGUAUUUUUAGAAUAAAAUAUAC